CACAUCAAUGCCACAUACCAGUGCACAUCAAUGCCACCUAUCAGUGCCCAUCUGAGCUGCCUUUCAAUGUCACCCAUCAAUGCCACCUCUCAAUGCCAAUCAGUGCUGCCAAUCAGUUUUGCCUAUCAGUGCCAUAUAUCAGUGUCAUGUAUCAGUGCUGCCUUUCAGUGCCCAUCAUCAGUGCCGUCUAUCAGUACCCAUCAUCAGUGUCACCUAUCAGUGCCGCCUAUCAGUGCUGCAUAUUAGUGCCGCCUAUCCGUGACACCUCAUUAGUGCUGUUUAUCAGUGCCGCCUAUCCGUGCCACCUCAUUAGUACUGCCUAUCAGUGCCGCCUAUCAGUGCCCAUCAGU